AUGAGUGGCAUCGCUUUUACGUCAUACACAGAGCUCUGUUUGGGCCACGGUAAGCAGCCUGGAUACGCUCGGGUAUUGGCUUGUCGCCGCUACGGUCCGGUAAGGGGAAAGGAAGACGAAGUCGCCGCGGUAUUUCUGGACGAAAAGAAGAAUAAGCUUCGAGUGUGGCGUGAGCGAAAAGGAAUUACAACACUUCGAGGAGCGGGAAAGUACACGACCCGUAUUAUUGACACGGCGACUGAUGGUCUUUUUGCCGCGUUGUUUUUCCAUCAUGAUAAAGGAAGACGCUUGGGUCUAGCCAUUGUGCAGCUCAGCUUGUCCAGCGCGACACGCCUAGCCGGGGAACCUGUGGAUUGUAGCGACAAACUGGAUGCCGUUCUCGCGGCCUUGGUGUCACGCGAAAAAAAAGGUAAGGAAACAACUGCGCAAUUGCAGAUUUGCUGCUCAGGCCUGAAACAGACGGAUUCAGGGCUGGUGGUGAGUCUCGUGGUGUCCACACGUACUGGGGAACUAUACAUUGUGAUUGGGUCCGUUUGGGAAAACAAAUGGAGGUGUUUCGGGUUAGAUGCUGCAUUUGGAAUGCCCGCCUCCUUGUGUAUUCAAAGUGAUCGCGUUGUUUCUGUUCUGAGCUGUGCGGUAGGUCCACCAAUCGACCACGCGAUUGCGGUAACGUCCCCAACAAUAGAGUUGGCAUUGUCAGUCUUUGAGGCAACGAAUGUGGUCUCCGACGACAACGAAAAGAAGAGCUACGUGUCAUCACGACCAGCAGGAUUACAAUACUGCGUUAUGCUUCAUGAGGCUAUUUUUUCUUUAGAUGACGGCGACCCAACGAUUCGUGUUUGUUAUCAAAGUCAACUUUUCCUUCUGCCUGAAGGAGAGGGAGGUGUAUGUGUUACCCCUCUCUGUCGCAUAUACGCUGAUAGCGAGCUGCAGCGGUACGCCGUUGUUGUCUCUCUAGCUUCGCAGAGUUACUUGGUGCACUUGAGGCGAUCUCCGUUUAAUAUGGAGCUGGUAAGUGGGUGUACCAAACUGGGGUUACAGAGUCCUCCAAACAGCGUGGUGUGGCUGAGGCUGCAGCACCCCUUACGGCCAGAGGGGGGCUUACAAAUUGUUCUUGUACUUUCCCAAGACUACCGUCUUUAUGCCGCAGAGGCAUUUGGAAAGGCCAUAAACGUGGAGGUGGGAGACGGAAGCAACAUGGUUCGUUUUAUUCCUCCGGCCAAAAGUUGUUUUGGUGACGAACAAACGGUAGAAAGUUUUACAGAUUCCACACGUCUUGUGCGAGUUGGUGAAAAUGAGCUUCUUUGUUCCAACGGACUUUUGGCUGUGGUGCUGCGGGUGACAGCUCUUGAUAUCGAUGGGGACAUGCCGUGCGAAGGUUUUCUCCCCUCAACCAUCGAUGAUGCGAUGCCAGAGAGACGGAUUGUGACUCUCGUGAAAAGCCUUUCACACAUUGAGAAGAAUUCGAAUUUGAGCCAAACAGAACUUUUCCAGCUUGUAUUUCAGCGGGUUCUGCCGUUGUUGCGACUUGCCGGGUCGUGUCAACGAGAAGUGUUCUUGGCUCAGCGGGUGUUUCAAGCUCUUCUAAGUGCUGCCGCCCCCAAAUCUGCUUCGGAUUGGAGGAAUCUUUGGGGACUCACCAUGUUGUUACAAAGAACCCUUUCAAGGCGGGACCUUGACCACUCCGUGGUCUACACCGACAUGUUCUUUGUCCAGUUAGCGGAUAAUUACGUUCGUUUUCAAGGGACUUUGGCUGAACAAGAGCAAGCAGAUGAGGCCCUUCUAAGUGUCGUGUCGGACGAAUUAAAAUGUACGUGGAAAAAGUUUGUACAAGAACAGGACGAUGAUAUCUCUUUUGUGCUUGAUAGUUUGGCAGAGCGUGUUUCACUUAUUAUUCUUGCGGAGGAAUGCGUACGCCGCAUGGUUGUGAUCUCCGCUUUAACCAACGGGACACACGUGGUUUCUGUGGGGAACCGACUUUCUCAUGUCAUCCACACCAUCGCUACUGCUCUAUUGGCCUCCUGUUUGGAGGUACCAGUGUACAUCAACGAAGAUAAUGAGGGAAGAAUGUUCUGUCAAAUGAAACAAGUGGGAGAGAAAUCGCUUUUUCUGCCACCGUACCCAUUCAAGGAUCGUGCAGAGUUUGAAUACGCAAUGACACUUUCGACGGAUCUUCUUUGUGUCACAUCCCCAGAUACACACGCAACGGUGUAUCCUACGGCGUUGCUUUCAAUGCUGCAGUCAAGGCGAUAUCAUGUUGUUUCUGCAUUUUUGCAGAUUUUUACUGCUCCUUUAACGGAGUGUUUGAUGCCACUUGGGUCUAUUUGCAACAAUGCCCAGCUUCUCACGGAGUGCUCAGCGGCAGUUUUUCUUACAGAGGCCACACUCUUUGAAAAUAUCCUCUCCGAACCUGCACCGUCAGACAUUCUUUGUGUUCUCUGUGGUGGUUCAUUGCGUAAUGAUUACUUCAAUACAGAACUUUGGCGUUACAUAGAGGGCAUUCUAAGUAAAGAUACACAAGCCGUCAUUGUUGCUGCUGUAAUUCACGCGAUGACAGACCGACUAAUUGCCUCCCAAAACAACUAUUCAGCGAGUGUGAUCAAGGUGCUUAUGAAGGAGGGAUUGAAGAACCCGUUGCAAGAGGACGCGUCGGUGGAAACGUGCCGAAAGAGGUUGAGGAUCAUGUUGGAUCGUCUGGAACAUCUUUGGGCUUGUGUUGCUCCAUGGCUGCCGUACAAAUUGGAGGAUAUCGCGAGUAACGUGCUCACCUCUAACGCUGCCGUGCAGAACGAAAAGCACAAAGGAAAAACGAUAUCCAAUGAUUCCGUCGUUUUCCGCACUUGUGUUCUGUGCUUUCGUUUAUUGGCUUUAAUUGGAUACUCGCAACAUACGGAGGAGGAAAUCACGGAGCUGACAAAACAGGCGACGGGUGACGCCUCGAUUCUUGCUCGUGUGGCUUCUGUGCUGCUUCAAGCCAUUGACAAUCUUAACGGGACCGCGCUGCCGGUUGAGUCUCUCCAGUGGCGGUGUGUAGAUCUCGCGGCGAUGUCAGUGCCCAUGUGCGCCGCUACUCCAGGCCUGGCUGGUUUUAUGCAGGAGGUGCUUCAACAGUCAGAGGCCUCUUUGACUGUCAUUACACCACUUAAGCAGUAUUACUACACCGUCCUGGAUCGCCUCAUGGAGGUGGCAGAAGCGAAUGGCAACGGUGGCGCUGGUGCGCCGUUCGCCGAGUUGCGGGUGCAGAUGAGGGAGAGGAAGAAGGGGGCUUCCCCCACGACCAAGAAGUCCAUCCAGUACUUUCUUUGGUCAAAGGGUGGUGGCGCGGAUGUACCCGAAUGGCCGGGCGAUCACAAGCUGCCCAACCGUCGGUACUUGAUCAACACUGAGUGGCCGGACACAAUGUGGCCAAUUGAAUUUGUGCCUCAGUUUCUUGAGGAAUGUCUCGCCCGCACCCAGGAGCGUAUUCACGGCUGUGACACCACGGAUUGCCCGAAAGAGGGAUAUUCCUCGCCGCAGUUCUCUCAUGCACUAUUCCACCAACUCUGCACGCUCUCUCCGCCUGUGCGGAACCAUGCUUUGAUAGCGCCUUCUGAAACGACAGGGGCGGUGGCGAAGAGGUCUGUGCCAACUCUUUCUCAGGAAAUUCAUGUCGGCAGAGAUGGCAGGUUUCCCUCCAGUGUUGAUUCUGCUUCUGUUCCUGUCGCGCCGUCAACAGCACGUUGGAAAACCUCACCUGAAUUGAGGCCACUGGCCACGAAUUCUCCACAUGUUUCAGGGAACGAUGAUGCCUUGACAACUAGUUCAUCGGCUUUGUCUUCCUCACCGGCACGAGUUGCGCGUUCCCCUCCACGAUUUUCAGUUAGCGGCGGUAGUCUUGGUGCCGCAGCCGCAGCCGCAGCGGCCAAUGCGCUUUUCCCACCAGAAAGGGUUGCGUGGUGGGAAACUGAAGACACGUUCGAUGAAGCUGCUAGACGGCAGAGCGCCAUUCAGGAGACACUGAAGGAUAUAAACAUUGAGAUUACCACAACUGCUACGUCGUACACAACGGCGACUAGUGAAAUUGAGAUGCAUUAUCCCGGAGAAUUUGAAAAAAGCACUCGUUCAAUGAGUUUUUCACCAAACCGCUGCAAAAGACAUAACGUGCAUCACUACCGCUGUGCCAAACAUCGAUUAAAUGGGAUUCAUAUGAAGGAAAAGUAUCGUUCUGGGAGUCGGUCUUGUCAUGGACAUACACGUUUGGGGCGGGAGUCAUCCCACGUUAUUUCAUCGGCUGCACCCAAAGAAAAGGCGUUGAUGAAUUUUAAACUCCUGCAAUUUAAAAAUGUACUUCGACCCCCAGAGUUGCCAUUAAGCAUGGCCACAGAGGAAAGGAUAAAACUUGUAGAACCAGGGAUUCCAAAAGGUAAAGACGACUUGACACCGCCUCAGCUGCUCUCUCUGCGGGGAAAGCCACACAUGCCUCGUGUGAAUUUGUUCGCGUGGAUCGGAGCUGAAAAGAACGAAGCUGAGGGUGAGGGAAAUGGCGCCGGCGGUAAGAAUGUGCUAACGGCCCGAUCACCUGGAUUUCUUGCGGGGCAACUCCUUCCCUUGCAAACUUUGACGCCACCAGGCUUGCCGCCAAGUUCUGUGUUUAUCAGUCCCUCUUCUUUGCUGACGCUCAAGGUUCCAGCAAAUGCACAUGCAACUUCACAGGAAUCGGCUCCCCGGGCCAUGGAGGCUAAUCGAGCACAAGAAGAAGAUCUUCGUGUUGUAGACACUGACGAGGCAUUAGGUCCCAUCAGUUCUACUAUCCUCAAUGUCCCCGUCACUCCCGUUCCGUCCACAGUGCAGCAGAAAGUUCCCAUUAAUGUCACUGCCCCAUUGUUAACGUCUAUUUCUUAUGAAACGAUGCCACCGUCUUCUUCUGACGAGAAACACACUGGGCUCAUGCGGAGUGGUGGUGCCGCAUCCGUUCCCAUAAGGAGGGAGGAAGAGGUGGUGAGGGAGUCAUUAAAGCCAGAAGUGCCGUUGCCACCGACAAUAUCCCAACCUGUUGCCACACCUGCCGAAGGGAAAGUUCGUUCAGUGACUCCACUGAAGGAACCUGUUCUGUCACCCUCAGAAAAGGUUGCGUUUCAAAAGUAUGUGGAUGAGCUGAAGGCCACAGGGACUGGCGCCGUCCCCGUGCCUGUACCGCCACCCAAGGUUAGAGAGUCUUCGCCUGCGUCAGCAACGCCCAUCAAACCUUUGGGAGUCUCUCGAGAAGCUCCCGAGCUGCGACAAGAGUAUGAUACCCUUGAGGUUGUGAAGGAACUACUCGCGAAGCACGAGGAACGGCAGGCGAAACAUUUCCAUGACGUCAUCGAGACGAUUCGAACAAGCAUACAGAGGCCCACACACCCCGAGGUGAAUUCCCAUUCUGCAGUUCAACCAACACAGGGAUUGAGCGCCAUGGAGCAGGCGGCGUUGGUGCGCCACACGAUUCAACAAAAGGACAAGCUCUUGAUGAUGAACCAGGAUCUACUGGAGCUUCAUGCGCGGGCUGAGCGUCUUGUCGCUUCUCCAGUGAGCAAAGAGGCCCAAACAUAUGCUUCCACACGCACUGUCGCGGGUGGUGAAAACGCUCGUCCGAUUUCACAGCCAACAGUUCCUCUGGCUGUUCCUUGGCAGGGUGCUAAUACGACCUCUGCGACUAAAGGUGAAGUUGCAACCAUGUCUUCUGGCGUCCAAGUUGGUGUGGGUCUGAAAAAGACGGACGACGCGACCACGAUGGCGACGGCACCCUCCCCAUCUCCAAUACCACCAGCAACCGAACAGGCCGCAGCAGAAGCACCAACAGCACCGGCGUCUCAGAUGAUUCAUGAUAAUCGCAAUGUUAUGACGAAUAUUGUUCCAGACCCUUCCUCGGCUAUGAGCAUCAAUCGUAGCUUGUCAAGUCUUUACCAAAUAAACGCAGAACUAUUACGUGUUAAUGCCACAGCCGCUGAUAUGGAACGAGCCAUUCAGGAGUCACGGGAACUUUUACAUAGGCACACUUCCUUGGGUAACGCGCAUAUGUCUGCUGUUGAGGGUUCUUUGAUGGUGGAUGCGAUGCGUCGGCGAACCGCUGCUCUCGAGCAGCAGCUUUCAACAAUGAACACCACCUCAGUGAAAAUCCCGUAUGGGGAAGAACAAAAGAGGGAGGGCGCCGAAAAGUGGCAUGCCCCGUCCGAGUUGGAAAGAAUUCCCAGUCAGCGAGUCUUCAUUUCUCCAACCGUGGAGGGUGGCAGCACCGUGUGUGUUGACGAGGGGGCGACACGGAAGACAUCCCCGCCUUGCCGCUUUGUCUUCACAAAUGAAAAUAUUGAGACUGAGAGUGAUUCUCUGCUGGGUUUUGACCCACCGCCACCUCCUUCCGUUCCAAAACAAGAGGCCACGAGGCAUAUAUUUCAGUCCCACACGGAGGAAAUUCUUCAUGGGGACUCGAUUGCUGUUAAUGCUGCCACCACGGAAGCAAAGGUUGUUCCCUCGCACACGUCAGCUUUUCUCUCGCGCGCGACAGAUCCUGUCUCUGUUAACCAUGCCCAAUCAUCAUCCGUGGACAGGAGAGGGAAUUCUUUGCAGCCCCGCACGAGCGGUUCGUCUUCAAGGCAGAUGAUGGAUUUGGCUCAGCUCUACAAGGCGGCUGAGUCGUCGAGCAUGAAGCUGACGCCCAGGAAGAGUGUGACUCCCCCCAGGACUCGGAUGAGGGUAGCGUCGUCGCCAGAACCAGUACCGGAGCGACUUUCCAUGUACAUGCCAAGUACGGCCAAGACAAAGACACGGCGCGCGAAUAGCAGUAGUAAGAGUAUUUUGCAUGCCUCUGAGCCACACCACCGUUCAUUGUCAACGGAGGGGAAAGUACCAACAACAACGGCAACCAAGGCGAACAAAACGGAGACAACGAUGGCACCCAAACGCAACAGUACAAAAGUUCCUUCAUCUGGUAGAGAGAGCAGACGACGGGACACACUUGCGCUGCAUACAUCCAGGCGUCUUGCGGAGCUUCAAAGAGCCCUCUUAUAG